AUGGUUAUGUGUCCAGCACCUAAAUCAUUCAAUGAGGUUAUGAAAGAAAUUUUGAAGAAUGCUCGCUCAGUUCCACCAUCAAAUUUCACAUCCAAGACUGUUACCACAUGUAUGCCUUUGAAAGACCGUGACGUGGUGCUAGAAAGGGCUAUGGAAAUUGUCAACAGCAAUGUGCGAAAUUCGUUGAGCGGGACAAAAGAAACAUCAGUUCCCAAGGCCAAUCAACGUUUCCUUUUGGAAAACGCGGUAUGGGAGAGAACUAUUUCAUGCACUCAAAACCAUCAAAAUGAAAGAAAAGACUCAGCAUGGAGGCAGCAUGAUCUCACACCUCACUUUGAAUAUCUCCUUGUUGACUUCAGUAAUGUAAUGUGGGAUCCAGAGGAAGAACGUGGACUGGAUGCAGGAACUAUUCUUGCUCUUCGAAUUGCCUUCAUCUUCUUUGUUUACCAUAGUUACACAUUAGACUUUAAGAAUUUCUGCCACCAAGCCCUCAAAUACAAGGACUUCUUUAAGUUUGCUAAUGUUAUCAGUGGUAUUCGUGAUGAUCUGCACCUGCCAGACAAUCAGUACCUGUCUCUGUUUCUUCACUUGGAUGAGAUCCAGUUGAUCUUCAGCUCACAUUGGGAUGGUAUUCCUGAAAGACUGAAACCCAUAGUUCAAGAAGGCACAACUCUCCCUGGAAUACCACCUCCAACCCAAAGUGGUCUAUCUUUGUUCAAAGACAUGAUGGCUUUGCUUGGAUCUUACAUGAUUGGCAUUUCUCAAUAUGAUUUUGUACAAACUUUUAUCUCCGGAACAGCACGGACAAACAUAAUUGAAUCAACAAAGCCUACAUCUUACUCAAUUGUCCCUCUCAACUGUCCGAUGCUGUCCAUGAAAUCUUGCUUUGACAUCAUGAGGUACUUUAUGAAGGAGCAUGUUAAGGUUGAGGAUUCUUUAUGGGUACUGUGUUUUUGGAUAUAUGAACUGCUGUCAGAUACAGGUGGUCUGCCACGUGCGAUGCAGUUUUUGCUGGAGCGCUGUUUUGGUGAAGGAUUUCAACGAGCUCAAGAAUUCCUUAAAGAGAUCAAAGAUUAUGCAAGUAAGGAUGAGAUCUUCCGAGAUGUGGCAACAAGGCUCAACAGUCAGUAUCAUAUAGAAAACUUUGCACUGAAGAAUCGCCAGCUUGUCAUUGAGCUUAUUCAUCGAUGCAUCAGCAGAACCCCAUCAAGAAGAGAGGACACUGUACCAAACAGCUCACCCUUGAGAACUUUUGAGGAGCUAGAGAGUGAGAUGCAUACAAUCCUAGAAAAUUGCAAUGAGCACCAAGAUGACAACAAAGUACAAGUUCGAAUUCCAUUUCUUUUUCUCUAUUUGUAUAACAAAGCCCUUUGUGAUGUCAAGGACACUCUACAAAACACAUUUGUAUCAAGCUGGACUGGACGAUGGCAAGACUGGGAGAUUAUUUGUGCUGAGUAUGCAGUUUAUCGCACUGAGAUAAUUACUGAACUUGGCCAAGUGGAAAUGACUCUUGGAGAAUUCUUUCAUGGGGCUUAUGGUCAGCUGGAAACCUUGAAAUUACCCAUCAGGCUCCGCAAGCUGCAAUUAAUCCAUGCUGAACACCGUUUUCCAGUCCAUCCACUAACAAUUGAUGCAGAAAAAGUGGAUUGGCGGCAUGGCCUUGUGGUAGUCAAUGCAGAUGGAGCCUCAUUUGCAGACAUCUUCUUUUAUGUGGAAAACACUAGUCGCAAUGACAAAGAGAGUGAAGUCUAUCACAAACUCAUUUCUGACAAGGUGGAAGACAACAUAAACAUGCAAAAAACCAGGAGCAUCACAUCAAAGCACCAGCAGACAAGCUUCAACAACAACAAGAAGGACAUCAUUGCCAUGCUGCAAUCAAAGGACUGGUUCCAACCUAUCACUGUUGAGAACAUUAGAGAAGAACAUGACAAAAACCUACAUGCCAUCGAGAAUUCCCCACUCUGCAACAACCUGCAAUGGUAUCGUCUUGUCACUAUAGUGCUUGCCACUUCAGAAUUCAAGGGAGAUUGCAGAGAGAUCCCUAAGGAUUGCUUGCUGAUCUGCCAGGAGAACUUUUCUGAUUACUUUGGUGAUCCAUUUAGUGCCCGUGUUGUUUUAUCAAAUAUGAAGAAUAACAAUCCAAACUUUGCCUCUGCUGCAACUUUGGUUGCAAAGCAUAAAUUUCCACAUAAUCUUGCUCAUAACAUUGUGUGCAAGAGGCCUUUUGAUUCAGCAGAACAUCUCAUCAAAGAGAUUCCAGAAAUGAAAGUGUAUUCAGACAUUCUUAAUCGAAUGCAAUAUUUCCCUAAUGGAGUUGGUAUUGAUGAUUUCAACUAUCCAAAGCGGCGCCGCUUGAGUUAG